AAGCAGUCGCAGAGCAAGAUGAACGAAGACCCCACCCAGCUCCUGGACCAGGCGACGAUACUCAUCCAGACCGGCCAGGCCGAUGCCGCUCUACAAUUAGCGCAGCAAGCGCUCGACAGCUCGCCCGCGGGGUCCCCCUCAUACCUGUCGGCCUUGAUCGCCGUCGCAGAGAUCUACGUCGAACUCGGAGAUAUCGACACCGCCAGAGCUCAUUUCCUGCGCGCAGUCGAAGCCGAUCCCAACGGAACGAUACCGGAGUCUCAGGGCGGAGGCGCGGAGAAGUUCUUGUGGCUGGCCCAGUUGAGCGAGGAAGGCGGAAAGGAUAGUGUCCAGUGGUUCGAGAAGGGUGUCUCCUCGCUCCGACAUGCGAUCCAGCAAUUAGAACAGAACCCCGGCCCUAAGGAGGCGGCCGAGUUGCUGGAGAAGAAGCGCAAGAUGGCCAAUGCCCUAUGCGCCGUGGCGGAGAUCUACAUGACCGAUCUUUCGUAA